AUGAUAAAUCAAACUCGUGUGUCUGAAUUCAUAAUUAUUGGGUUUUCUAGUAUCAAGGAAGUUCAAAUAAUUUUUUUUUCGGUUUUUUUGAUAAUGUAUGUAUUCACAUUCACCCAGCAUGUGAUAAUUAUUCUGGUCAUACACUUGGACCAUCGUCUUCACACCCCUAUGUAUUUCUUCAUAAUUAAUCUCUCAUUUUUAGAGAUUAGUUAUGUCACUGUUACAGUCCCCAAGAUGUUAUCUGGCUUCAUAUCUGGCAUAAAGACCAUCUCUGUAAAAGGAUGCUUCUCCCAGUUGUAUGUCUUUUUCUUCUUGGGUACAACAGAAUGUUUUCUACUGACUGCAAUGGCAUAUGACAGAUAUCUGGCUAUCUGUGUACCUCUCCACUAUAAUGGAAUAAUGGACACAAGAACUUGCAUUAAAUUUACUGGAGGAUGCUGGUGUGCAGGAUUUCUAGCACCACUUUUGCCAACAAUAUUCAUUUUUCGACUGCCCUUUUGUGGUUCCAAUGUCAUUAACCAUUUUUUCUGUGAUUCUCCACCAUUGUUGAAACUUUCUUGUCAAAAUAUUGACUCCAUUGAAGUGAUUAAUUUUGUCUUGGGUUCAUUAAUUCUUCUAACUUCGUUCUGUCUCACUAUGGUAUCUUAUAUUCAUAUAAUCUCUACAAUACUUAAGAUUCCUACCAAAAAUGGGCGUCAAAAAGCCUUCUCCACUUGUGCAUCCCAUCUCAUGAUCGUUAUUAUUUUCUAUGGCACAACAAUUUUCACAUAUGUCCGUCCCAGAACCAUCAAUGCGUUUGAUUUCAACAAAGUUGUGUCUCUAAUUUACUCUGUUAUUACACCAAUGAUCAAUCCAAUCAUCUACAGUUUAAGGAACAAUGAUAUCAAACAGGCACUGAAAAAGAUGUUGACUCCAGUUUGCAUGUAA